UUCAAAAAUCUCUUAAAAUUAACUCCCACUAAAAGCAUCUCUCAAAUUUAUUUAAUCUUUCCCUCCACUUACUAGCAUAACUCUCAUGACCGACCCCUCAUCUUCUACCCAUCUGUUCCAACUCCUCUCUGCAUAAUCUAACUCCACAUGCAAGAACACUAAGGUUAUGGGUUCAUGGGUUUUCUUUUUCAGAACAAUAUUAUUUGUCGUCGUUUUGGCAGCCGGGUUUUCGGCUAGUAUUCGAGCUUGUUGCGCGACGGAUUUCAUAACUUGGGAGGACAUGAAGGUGGAUCUGGAGGAGAGGCUGGAACUGAGGGAGGAAGGAAAUCGGAGCCAUGUGAUUGUGGUCGAUUUGAACGGGAAAGGAGAUUCUGUCACAGUUCAAGGCGCAGUUGACAUGGUUCCCCUGAAUAAUUCUCAGAGAGUCAAAAUCUACAUUUCCCCUGGCAUUUACAGAGAAAAGGUGCUCGUUCCAGACUCCAAGCCUUACAUUUCAUUCAUUGGAGAUGAGAAUCAAACAGCCGAAACCGUUCUUACUUGGAAUAACAAAGCCUCUGAUAAAGACAAGGAUGGGUGUGAACUGGGCACAUAUAGAUCUGCUUCUGUCACCAUAGAAUCCGAUUUCUUCUGCGCCACUGGAAUCACCAUUGAGAACUCAGUGGUGGCAGUGCCCGGAGGUUAUGGAAUGCAAGCCGUUGCGUUGAGGAUAGCCAGCGAAAAAGCCAUGUUUCAUCAGGUUAGGAUCUUGGGGGCUCAGGACACGCUGCUAGAUGAUCACGGAUCACACUAUUUCCACCAGUGUUACAUCCAAGGAUCCAUUGAUUUCAUUUUUGGCAGAUCAAGAUCACUCUAUCAGGAUUGUGUUCUUCACUCAACGGCAACAAGGUCGGGAGCAAUCGCAGCUCACCACAGGGAUACACAAGAUGAUGAUACAGGCUUCUCCUUUGUAAACUGCACAAUCAAUGGAACAGGCAGAGUAUACUUAGGAAGAGCAUGGGGAACCUACUCGCGGGCAAUUUAUUCAUAUUGUGACAUCGACAACAUCAUAACUCCAUCCGGCUGGAACGACUGGAAUCAACCGUCCAGGCAAAAGACUGCUGUGCUUGGAGAGUACCAGUGCAGAGGCAAAGGAGCAGAUAGGAGGAACAGAGUGGCAUGGUCCAAAUCUUUCAGUUAUGAAGAAGUGAGGCCUUUUCUGGAUGUGAACUUCAUUGGUGGAGAUGAAUGGCUGAGACUAUAGUUUUAUUUUGAUCUCGACGUGUUCAUUUAUGCGUCUCCUUCCAUAUUAUUUGGUGGGGAUGUGAGUGUAACAGAUGACAGAAAUAGGUGCGAUAUCGAGAAAGAGAAGACAAGUUUAUGAGCAAAAUACAGAAAAUUAUCCAGGUCAUUGCAGCAUAUCCUCGAUCAAACACAUAAAUGUGACUAACUCCAGGGCUGAACAAUGCGCAUGCAAAAAAUACAUAUGAACAUA